CUUUAUACCCUGUACGAUUACAUCGGAGAAAUAGUUGAAAAGAAACUUGGGGACAAGGACGCUACAUUUGAACAACUUUACAAGAAAUUAGGGAAGGAGUUGUGCAUCGUUGCUACAAAUCUUAAUGAUAUGGAAGAAACCUAUUUUCAUCCUAAAACUACACCCAAAAUGUCACUCAGGAAGGCGGUUCGUAUGUCUAUAAGCCUCCCAGGUAUAAUGCAGCCUAUUAAACAUACUGAUUUUGGAGUGGAGAGCAUGUAUGUGGAUGGUGGUGUACUCAUCAACUACCCAAUAGAGUGUUACGAUGGAUGGUGGCUUUCAAUGAAAAAGGAGGAUUCGUUUUUCAAAAGAUUACAACCUUUAGAGAAACUCCCCUUUAUAAUGGAUAGAAAAAACAGAUUUGCCCCUGAUAAGGCUCAUUCGUUCAAAUCGUUGGGAUUCAUACUGUAUUCUGAUGAUGAGAUUCAGUCGUUCAAGUUAAUAUUUGAGUCAAGAAGGAAAACAAAAUUAGAGUUCCCAGAUACACCACUGGGAAGAAAGGCAAGACAGAAACUUAAAGAUGAAAAGAAGCUGAAAAAGGAGCACCAAUGCGUGAGAACAUCAGUUAGCAAGUUCUUAAAGAUACUGCAAAAGCAAAACCUGGACAAAGAUGAAUUCAUCAACAGAGAGGAACUACAGAACGCCUUAAAAAGUGAGGACCUUACUGACUGUGACAAGAAACGUCUGUUUGGAAAGGACGUAACUGUUGAGAAAGUGGUGGCAAAACUAGACAAGGAUGGAAAUGGAAAGGUCAGUUAUGAAGAGUUAAUUUCAUUCAUCGAAGAAACAGGGAUCUCAGUGGUUCACAGAAGACUAGGGUUUGGUAGACAACAAGUGAAUACGCUACUUUCAUUAUUACAAACCCUGUACAAUACAAUGUCAUUAAAUAUCGUACGGAUAUCUGUCAGAGCUGCAGAUGUGCCACGUACAGUUGGCUUGAACUCGCAUUAUAUAGGAACCCUUACAUUUGAUUAUACCAAAGAGGAUGCAGAUUUCGUCGAACAGGAGAGUUAUAAUACCACUAUAGAAUUCUUGAAGAACUUCGUGGCAAAACUAAAGAUGGAAAAAGAAAGUGCCAAAGCUCCUGCCACAAGCACGAAGAAUGCAUUGGAUAGCUAAAAAAUGUUAACAUUUCAGAAAAGAUUUUUAGUUGAUAAAGUGAUGGUUUGUUUGAAUACCCACCUUAGAAUG